GGGCGGCGGUGCAGAAGGGCGGGAAGCGCGGGCGGCGGCGCGGGCUGUGCGCGCGCGCCAUGAAGGAGACGCGCGGUACUUCCAGGCAGCAGAACCAGCCUCAAGGGCACUAUGGACUUACCUCUCCAAUUAGCUUGGCUCCUCCUAGUGAUAAAGACCACAUUCAUACUCAGAAGCUGAUUGAAGCAAUGAAGCCAUUUGGGGUGUUUGAGGAUCAGGAAGAACUCUAUCACAGGACAACUGUUCUUGGUAAACUGAAUAACUUUGUCAGAGAAUGGAUUUCAGAACUUGCUGAAAGCAAGAAUCUUCCCCCUGCCAUAACAGAACAAGUUGGUGGCAAGAUAUUCACAUUUGGUUCCUACAGGCUUGGAGUGCACACCAAAGGUUCGGACAUAGAUGCCCUUUGUGUUGCUCCCAGUCAUGUGGAAAGAUCGGAUUUUUUUCAAUCGUUCUUUGAAAAACUGAAGAAUCAAGGGGAAGUGAAAAACCUAAGAGCUAUUGAGGAUGCAUAUGUACCAGUUAUCAAAUUUGAGUUUGAUGGCAUUGAGAUUGAUCUCGUGUUUGCAAAGCUGUCUUUGCCAACGGUUUCUGAUGAUCUCGAUCUCAGGGAUGACUCGUGCCUCAAAAGCCUGGAUAUAAGAUGCAUACGGAGCUUAAAUGGCAGCAGGGUUACAGAUGAAAUUCUGCGCCUGGUGCCCAACCUGGAGAACUUCCGCCUCACGCUCCGUGCGGUUAAACUGUGGGCAAAACGACGUGGUGUUUACUCCAACAUCAUGGGAUUUCUUGGUGGAGUCUCCUGGGCAAUGCUGGUAGCAAGAAUAUGUCAACUCUACCCGAAUGCUUUGGCCUCUACUCUCGUUAACAAGUUCUUCUUGAUUUUUUCAAAAUGGGAUUGGCCAAAGCCGGUAUUGCUGAAACGACUUGAGGAGAGCUUUCUUAAUUUGCCAGUCUGGGACCCUAGGGUGAACCCAUCAGACCGGUACCAUGUGAUGCCCAUCAUCACCCCGGCCUAUCCACAGCAGAACUCCACAUACAACGUGUCUGUGUCAACACGAGCAGUCAUGGUAGAGGAGUUCCAACGUGGCCUUGAAGUUACAGAUGAGAUCCUCAAAGGAAAAUCAGACUGGUCAAAGCUCUUUGAACCACUGAACUUCUUUCAGAAGUACAAACAUUACAUCGUGCUGACUGCCAGUGCCUUUACAGAAGAGCAUCACUUAAACUGGAUUGGCCUCGUCGAGUCUAAAAUCCGUGUGCUGGUUGGAAACUUGGAAAGGAAUGAAUUUAUAACUAUUGCACACGUGCAGCCACAGUCUUUCCCUGGCAAUGAAGUUCUCUAUAAAAAGAGUGGAUAUGUGUCAAUGUGGUUUCUUGGGCUUGUAUUUAAGAAAGCAGAAAGUGCAGUAAAGACAAACGUUGAUCUAACACAUGGGAUACAGUCAUUCACAGAUACAGUUUACAGGCAGGCCAGUGCCCUCAACAUCCUGAAGGAAGGUAUGAAGAUUGAGGCAACUUAUGUGAAGAGAAAACAACUCCAUUAUUUUUUGCCAGCAGGAACCUUACAGAAAAGAAAGAAGCAAAGGGUGUCAGAUAUUAGUCAAAAUAAUAGUGGACUUCAGUGCAAAAGGUCUUCUUUAGGUGAAAGCUGUUCGGAUGGUUCCAAAGACAGAGAUUCCAGAACACCCUAUAAUUCCUCUUCGUUAAAUAAGAUAUCUAAGUUGGACAUCUCUACAGCAGAGACAGAAAGAAAUGUUGAAUGUCAGAGUUGUAGUGGUGCCAACAGUGUAGCUGAGCCAUCAACGUCUAAGGGACUUUGCAUUCCUGUGACUGAUCCAAAAAUGGAGGCUACAGUUGCACUAAGAACAUCGGGACCUCCAAUUGGUUGCACCAUUCCAGGAUAUAACACGCUAAAUGUGUGGGACUCCAAUUUCACAGAAAGCGGAUACCCUCAAGAUGGGAGGAAGAGAGCUACAAAAAAUGGUGUCCUUGAUGGAAAAUCCAUGCAGAUUCCAGUGAUCACAUCAAGAUCACAGAGGCUUUCCAGUAAAGAACUGCCAGAUUCUUCAUCUCCUGUUCCAACAAAUAGCAUUCGUAUUAUUAAAAGAUCCAUCAAACUUACCCUUAAUGGGGUUUUAAGAAGAAUAUUCAGGGUUUUGAGAAGAGCAUUCAGGAAGAAUUUAGGUUAUUAGUUUCUCAGACUUGAUCCAUUGGUGAAUUACACAUCUUAUCUUAAUG